ACUCGAAACAACAUCCCCGCCUGGCGACCUGCAUCAUGGGGCCCAUCAUGCAGGAACGCACAGCAUCCACGACACUGAAACGCGUCGUCUCCAAAGAGAAGAUUCGGGUAAAGAACACUGAAAAUACCGGACCGGUGACCAGUUCAAAGAAAGGUAACAAGAUGAAGAAAGCGCCGGGCCAGGUGAAAAAUGGCCUCCCGGGACCAGGUCAGGAUAAGGACACAGUGGCAGCAGUGCAGAGGGGUGCACAGUCUAAAGCAGCCAGGGUCAAAUCCUGCUCUGCGCGGAACACAAGCAAACUUUCCAGCCCUGAAGACGAAGGAGAUUCGAGACCUCAACUUCGCAAACACUUGUCUGUGCACAGGAAGGAGGAGAAGCGCGACAAUCAGCGGCUGUCACCUUGCGGCAAUGAGCUCCAAGCGAAUCGCGGCGGGAUGGGGAAAAACAGGCGAGCCCUCUCCCUGCCUCUCUCCCCAAUAUCAGGGCUACGACACAUGCCAGCACACCCCCUCACACACUCCCCAGUUCCCACCCCGGAGGCACUACAGCAGCACUACAACCAGAAGGAUGUCGACACCGACAGCGCCAGCGAUCUGUCCGACUCCGAGAGGCUGCCCGUGUUGCCCUCUCCCUGCACCCCUUGCACCCCUCCUCAUCUCAACCUCCGCGCCGAGGUCAUCAACAGUAAUGAUUUUCCCCCGGACUUCCCGGGCCCCCGUGGGAUUGUGGGUGACGAAGAUGAAAUUGAGAAACCCAGCUACAGUUACCAGGACUUCCUGCCUCCUCCCUUCAACAGCUGGAGCCUGAGACAGCUGGCAGUGUUCCUUCAUACGGAGGGCCGUGGUGCUCCCCGACCCAAGCCUGUGGGGCCCCUAGAGAAGUACCUGGAGAGGUUGCUGCAGCUUGAGUGGCUCCAGAUCCAAACAGUGCAAGCAGAGAGCAGCCGCCCGCCUGGGAGCCGCUCAAGGCCACAGGGAUUCCCUUCUGCCACUACUGCUCACCCACCGAGGCCUCACACAGCUCCACCAUCCCGACUCAACUCCCCGAAAGGGCUGCGGCACAGCCAGCGAGCCUUCCCAUUCGCACCUGUCAACAACCCUCCAUCACCUGCCUCAGCACAGCACCAGCACUCCCGCUUCCCAGUUUGCCCUCACUGUCACAUUCGCUACCCGUUGUGCAACGGAAGCUGCUCUGCCUACGCUUACCAGCGCCACUCGCGCCUCAGCCCUUUGCUCGAGCGCAGAGCCAGACCUGGGGCUCCAGCGAAGAGAAGCAGCAGCGAGACCCGAGCAACCUCCACCGAAGGCCAGAGCCCGGGAGGACAAGGCGGCAACGGCGGCGGUGGAGGAGGAGCCCAAACCCCAGUUAGCCCCUCAGCUGGAAGGAGUCAUCUCAGGCACAUGCAGGCUGCAGGCAACGCCCGCAAGCAACCCCAGGAGUCUGGGACUAACCCGAACGGCAGAGGUCAGGUGAGGAAAAGCCGCGUCAGAGCUAACUCUGAGACAGAUGUGAAGAAGGAGCCUGGUGGCAGCAAAGCAGCUGGUGCAGAGAAGCGUGUCUUUGCUGCAAGUAAGAGAGAGGCCGUCACCUCCAAGAGAGUGGAGAAGGACUGGCAGAGGACAGAGGCAGCAGGUCAGGCCUCUAAAACCGCUCUGAAAAGAGCUGCAAAAGAGCCGCAGCCUCCCUCCAAAGCACCGCUUAGCAGUAAGCAGAAUGGCAAAACAAAAAAUGUGCACUUUGUUGCAAAGUAAACCCUAUAGACCUACAGUGCUUUAUAGUGCUUUACUUGGUACAGGAGCUUGAACCUAUGCUUGCUUUCUGUGUAAUCUGUGUAAUACUAACAUGUUGUAACUGUUGUACAGCAGUCUAAAUCAGUCCGUGGUGUACAGCCUUCAAAAGGUCAAAACUAACAAGCAGCUAGAGUAGAGACAAAACAGCAACGAUUUCAAAACGUAGUAUGACACAUUAAUAGAGCAGAGUUAUACAGUAUAUACAGUACGUAGUGUAUUUCAUUCCAAAUGUACAAUGACAGAAGGCUCGUUAUGACCCUAGUAGGAUUAUGAACACAGCUUCUAUGUAAACUGAACUCUUGCACUGCACAGUUGUCUCUCAGUGUUCUACUAAUGUUGAAAUAGGCAUAAAAUAAGCAUCUACUGUACUACUGGACAGCUUCUACCAUCAAUAAUCCAUAGUAAAGUUAAACACAGAUCAUUCCAUUUUAGUCAUCAGACACGACCAUAGCCAUUACUAUUGGACUUUUUGAUGUUGGAAUGUAUUUGUUUUCAUGGCACUUCCUUUCCCCAAUGUUUGCUUUCUGUCUUUUCUUUGGUGCCUCAUCAUAUUAUCAGACAUAAUGUUCAGUUGAAGCAUCUUUUGCUGAAGACAGAAGGAGGUGCAAUAAGUGGUGGUGUGCUGCAAAGUAAUGUAAUUUGUCUCGGAUAUACUUGUGCAAUGGUAUUACAUUUUUGGUUACAAGGGCUUUUCAUGUUUGAACAGCUUGAAUUGUAGUCUAUGAUAAUAUAUUGUAUUUUGCCUAGAGCUGAGCUGUUUCCGUCACUGAAGACAGUGUAAUGUUUGCUACGAAUGUAAAUGCAUAUUUUUCCAAAUUUUCUAUACCAUAGUUAUAUUUAUGAAAAAGGUGUUGUGGUCGACCCGUACUCAUCCAUCUCAUUAUUAUGUUUACAUCAUCAUGCACAAGUAGAAAAAAUGUUUAGUAAACGAGCUGAAUGUAACUUAAUGUCUGCUGUGCUGUACUAUUGGUCAUUCCUGUGAUUCAAUGGAAGGUCAACAUCCUAGUUGUCAUGGUAAUGUUAUACAUAUCACCAUCCUUCCACUGCAUACUUGAAGUGUGUAGAACACUGUGUUUACAUUAGUGUCUUAUCUGUUUGUUGUGAUCUACCAUGUGCACUACAUUCAUGUAAAUAAUGUGAUAUGUAUUCUGAUUGCACCUCUUUACUCAAUCUUCAUGUCAAGUAUCAAAGCCAUAGAUAAGGGGCCGGGAGGGGCGACGUUAUUACAGAUGUGUACAUUAUGUUGACACGCACGCAGAAAGAUUGUGGUAUGUAUUUUCUCAAUGUUGAAUGCAAGUAUUUGUAAGGCAUAGAAAUAAAUGUUUUGCACUCAAA